GUUGCAAGAGCCAAUAUACCCGAGCUGAACGAUACCAGUAAGAGUAGAUCGAACUUUGGUGGCAUACCACCAUUAAGGCAAACCGAAAGGGUUGCAUACACUCCUGCUCUACAGCUAAUAUCACGUAGGGGGCCUAUGAUAGAAGGAGGCAGUGACGAAGAGGUCCUCGUGCCAAUCAUACAACGUGCGAUUGGUAUGCCUCGCCAAGUCCCACCACCCUUAAUACUGCCACCCAGAGUUUUUCGGCCUGUCAAACCGCCAGCCACUGCUAUUGCUCCUCUACAAGAGUCUUCCCAAAGCUCUAGGGGAGUAGCUACAUUGCACGAUGUAAGAGAGGCUGGCUCGACCAAUACUCUGUCAGAACGAUACAUGCGACUUGCGUCCAACAGGUCACCAACAUCCCUGCCAGCGUAG